ACUCGGUGAUUUCAGCCUAUCACGGACGGAGCGCAUUCCUCUGUAGGCGCGGCGGACUUUCCCGAGCCACAGGUUGUUUCGUGCGAGCUGGGAGAAAAGGUGUUAAAACACCGGAGCGGUGUGAGAUUCCCGUCGCGUGUUUAGUUUGUCUGUUUGGCCGUUGCCCGCAGGCUGGCUCGGGACGGAGACACGGUGGAAAAUGGACCCGCGACCAGCGAUCAGAGCCCGUACCUGCUCGUCUUCAGGGAGUGUGACACACUGAUUGGAGUCUGAUUUUAGUGGUUUGGGGCCAUGGCGGGCUGGUCGUGGUGGUGCCAACGCACCUGUGUGUGCCUUCUGUCUGAGGAGGAGAAGAAGACCAUCGCUGUGGACAAAGAGAUCAAGAGAAUCCUGAAGCAGCAGAAGAAGCAGCAGAGGAGAGAGAUUAAAAUCCUCCUGCUGGGAACCGGGGAGAGCGGAAAAACCACCUUCAUCCGACAGAUGAGGAUCAUCCAUGGACGAGGCUUCUCAGAGGAGGAGAGGAAGGCCUUCGCCAAAUGUAUCUUCCAGAACAUCUUCACUGCCAUCAAGGCAAUGUCCAUGGCCAUGACGACUCUCAAAAUCCCCUACUCCAACGCAGAGAACGAGAUAUAUGCUAAGUGGCUGCAGGACGUGAACACUGUACAUAUCACUCAGCUCGAGUCGAGGUACGUCGACGCGAUCGGCCGCCUGUGGACAGAUCCGGGAAUCCGUGUCUGUUACAGCCGCCGCUCCGAGUACCAGCUGCUGGACUCCACGGAGUACUACAUGAAUAAUCUGAAACGCAUCUCGGCGCCGGACUACAUCCCCACAGAACAGGACGUGCUGCGAGUUCGAUUCCCCACCACGGGCAUCCACGACUACUCCUUCACCAUCAAGACCAUCACGCUAAGGAUCGUGGAUGUCGGUGGUCAGAAGUCAGAGCGUCGGAAGUGGAUCCACUGCUUUGAAAACGUGACAUCCCUCAUCUUCCUGGCCUCCCUCAGCGAGUACGACCAGGUCCUGGAGGAGAGAGAGACUAUUAACCGCAUGCAGGAGAGCCUGGCUCUGUUCUACACCACCAUCCAUUCUCCUUGGUUCCUCCACACCUCCAUCAUCCUGUUCCUCAACAAGACUGACAUCCUGGCUGACAAGAUCAAGACGUCUGACCUGCAGAAAUACUUCCCCAGUUUUGGAGGUAAACCACAAGACCCCGAAGACGCCAAGGAAUACAUCCGCAAGCUGUACGAGCAACAGGCCAUCAAUCGCGACAAAAGGGAGGAGUGGAAGACUCUGUACCCACACUUCACCUGCGCCACAGACACCAGCAACAUCCGCCGGGUGUUCAGUGACGUCAAGGACACGGUGCUGCUGAAGUCUCUCCGGGACUACGGAGUCAUCUGAACUUUUCCAGAGAAAAGAAAAAGGAGUAAAAGACUGAUUCUUGUGUCCGUCUCUAUGAGUGGAGACUCUGAUGAAGGCCAAAAUGUGAUAUCUUUCUCCGCAUGAAAAAUGGAUUCCCUCCAAAGUCUGGACAAUCAGACCAUCAGCCGCGAGACUUUUUGAUGCUUAACGCUUCUGUCCGCUCCGCCUUCGCCUCCUCCCCCUCCAUCAGGUCUUAAUGAUGAAGUAGUACGCACGAUGACGUCCAGGGAGUGUCAGAAAAAAAACAAAAACUGUGUGAUUUCUGGCCACGCAGCGGGGAACCUGUAAUUCCCUUCAUUUCUCUCAACUUUCAGCUAUUUCUCAUUUAGAUUUUUAUUUUUUAUGAUGAUGAUGCUGUGUUUGGGACAGAAUUGAUCCAUAAUUGAAGCAGGAGCAGAGAUGCCUUGAAGUGCUGUGCUGCCAUUAACAGCGUAAUGACUUUUACAAGUGGAGAUGGGGCUGCAUGCCGGUGCGCCACACACCGCUGACACACACACACACGUUUAUGAUGCUUUAGUUAUUAGUCACAUUCAGGUAUAGCAGAUGUUCAGACACACUAAGUCCAACUGUAAACACAGGCCAAAUGUAUGUUUCAACCUAGUUCUGUCUUUAUUAUCAGACGUCCUGGAUAUGCAGUUCCCUCUCUGUGUUAUUGGAACCACAGAGUUUUCACUAGCACUGUGUCACAAUCCCUAUUGAUUACAGUUAUCUCACACGGGCAAUAUUCUUUUUAUGCUAUCUGCAUUCAGCACAUGUGUCUGUCAAUCAGCGUGCAGGAAGUCAUUUGUGUAGCUGCCACCCACUGAGUCAAUCUCGAAGUGCCUUAGCAGGAGCAUGUAAUAACAUCUUCACACCCAGCCUCCAGUGACAGUGAAAGUUUGCACCCGGUGACUUGAUUGUUUUGUGCUAAAUUGCUUUGUUGUUAGGCAGCUCAUGGGUCACACCUGGCAACUGUAUGAGAAACAAAGACAGUCGGAGUUAAUGGGGGUUUUGCAUAAAUUCAAAGCAGAUCUAACUAAUGACUUUUCAUUUCACAAAUCAGAGUGCACUGGAAAGCAGUUAAGUACCUGCUGGGUCACUUAGUCCUUACAAGCUUGUCAAGUCUGCCUUAUCAAUGUUGUGUUGAGUUGGUUUUUGCUGCCUCUGUGUGUCAAGAAAAAAGAAAUCUCUUGGUAAAGUGGAUACCACAAGUUUUUUGGGAUGUUCUUUCGUUUAUAUGCACAUGUAAAAAAACAAACAAAAAAAAACGUUCUGUGUCUUCAGUCUGCUCUGAGCACAGUGUUACCUCUGCUUUGAGCCCGAUUGUCUCCACAAAACAACAAGCGUGCGCCCGGUUUGUGGUGUUUGUAGCGAGUAGGUUGUCGACGUAUGGAUGUGUCUGAGUGCAGAAUGAGUUAAAGACGUGAAAUACAGCUACUAUUUUUUUGUUUGUUUGUUUGUUUUAGCUUCCAGAGCCAACAGCUUCUCAAAGUUGGCCAAUGUGAAUGGAACAGACACAUUGGGAGACUUAGGACCUUAAGGAUGUAGGAGCUGAAAAUACCUGCUUAAAGUCCAGGACACACUAAACUCACAUUGAAGAUCAAGUGGUGAUGAAGGUGGCGCCUCACGUCCUUUCCAAAAAGAUACACUUGAACAUGGCGCAAAGAUUACAGCUAGGACCGCAGAUGGAUAUUUGACCUUUCUUUAUUCCAGAUGGAGAUGUUGUGAAACUUUGCGGAAUGGUGUAAUGAGACGAGGAGGAAAAGUAGUGCUUUUGACUCGUCAUUUACUUGCUCGCUUUCGUUUCUCUUUCGGUGCAUUGGCUCUCUGAGCAGCCAAUCAGAGGGAUCUCUCUAACCGACUUGUUCUGCCGUGGACUGAACACGUUGGAAGCGCCGCCGUCAGAAGUCCGUUUACUAGCAGUGACGCUGGUGCGGUGCACGAGCUAGAGUGGAAGGCACUCACCGACAGCCGGUCUGAACUGAAUGGAUUCAUGAAAAGCCAUUAAAAGAUAAAGGUAUUUGCAAAUCAUGCAGAACUGUGCCAGAAGAGUCUCCAAAUAAAAACGCAGACCUACAAAUGUUCACUACAAAUGUUUAAUACCAUUUGUACUCACUGUUUACAAGCAGCAAUACAGCCGAGAGCAGCAUUCUGGGAGUACUCUUAAAGUCAUCGGAGGAGUCUAAGUUAAACCACAGCUUUACAAAGAUCAAUCAAAGAAAACACCUGAACAGGUGACAUGUGACUAGAGUGAUAGAUAAUGAAUGUCAGUAAGAGUUGGCAGUGAGAACUCACUGGGAGGAGGGGGAUUUUGUCAUAUUGAUCAGUCUUUGGAGUUCUACGCCCAGACCCUGAGCGUUGAGUUUUUGCUGAGCUGCUGUUUUGCUAACUAUUAAGUAUUUUGAUCUCUACACUGCUUUGUGUUCCCAUGUGGUAGCUACAUUUUUAAACUAUUCCUUCAAAUGUGUAAUUUUUACUGUAAUUUAUCUACAACUGCUGCUUUUGAUUGAUUUGUAAGUGCUGUAUUUUCUAAUAUUGUCGACCAGCAGCUCCUAAACUGUGACUAGAGAGCGUGUCUGCUGGUGGACUACUUCUUGGCAUUGGGAAAUCUCUUUUAAGCAGUGACAGCAAAUUAUUUCGUGUAGACUCGGGUGGAGGAAGUGGGCAUACGAUUUUUUUUUCUAGUCCAUAAUAAAAACAAACUCCUGAACACACA